AUGUCGGCCAGUAACCAGCAACAGCAGUCACAGACACAGCCCCGAAUAUCAGCACCUAACACCGCCAUGGCUGAGAUCGUUAUUGGGCCCAAGGCAAAACGCUUCACUGUGCACCUCAACCUUAUUGUCUACUACUCGCCCUUCUUUCUCGCUGCCCUGAAAGGUCCCUUCAAAGAAGCCAAAGACAAAGUCGUCGCCCUGCCUGACACUGAUGCGAACAUCUUCGAGCUGUUCGCCAACUGGUUGUAUCGUCAACGUUUCCCCACAGAGGCCGACUCUCCGCAGCUACUCGCGCUCUACCACCGCGACGAAGACGCCAACUUUCGAUUUGACCGGCUUGUUAGGCUCUACGUCUUCUCCGACAAAUACGACGUUCCUAAGCUCAAGCGGCAGUGUCUGGAUAUGAUCUUUGAGUAUCUUGUCGAUGAGGAUCUACUACCAGAUCUCUCCCACGUUGUCUACGCAGUCAAGAACUUAGAUGAUGAGGAUCCACUUCUACGCAUGAUCAUCGAUUGCUUCUGCUACUGGAGCGGGAGUGACUGCUGGGUGGCUAGCCGGAUCGAACUGUUGCCGGCUCCGUUUCUAGCGAGGAUCAUGGCCCAAUUUGUCGACUUUCGACACGGUGGUCUUGUAGGAGUUGAUGAACCUGACUUAUGCGACUAUCAUGGUCAUGCAACGAGUGAAGAGAGGCAGACAUGUGAGAAUAGGCGAGAGACGGAAGAGUAG